AUGAAAUAACACCACAAACAAAGGGUACACAUAUUAAAAAUUUCUAGGGAUAUCCAAUAGAUGAGCCUGUUUUAUAAGCUGUGAUGAGUGUGGCUUAAAUAUAAAACCAAUAUCCAAAAAUGUCUGAUUUCAAUAAAGCAAUAAAUCUUAAUUCAAUUUCUAAAAAAGCAAUAUUUUUGAUAUUAAGAAGUGCAAGCUUAGAUAAUAUUCAUAAAGGCAUGAAAUACGGAGUGUGGACUAGGUAUUGUAUGCUUCUAAAUCUAAUAGCACUCCAAAAUCGAAUGCUAGGAUUGAUGAGCUGUUUAAGGAAUCAGAGGAAGUUUAUUUAAUAUAUUCAGUUGUAGGCACUAAGGCCUUUUAAGCAUGCGCAAAAUUACUUGGUCCUUUUGACCCAACAGCUACAUUUCUUUAUUGGGAUGAACCAUUGAAAUGGUUUGGCUCAUUUUAAAUUAAAUGCGUAUUAGCAAUAUCUUAAUUUAGUUAUUCUUGAAUGAGUUGAAAUAGAAGACACUUGAUGAAAAAUAACCAGCUCAUCUAGGUUCAAUAGUUUUAACAGAACAAACCGAUUGCACUGAAAUUACACAUGGAUUGGGAAUGUUUGUACUUUAAUGUUUUAAGGAAUAACAAGAAGAUGAAACAAACGUUAAUGUCUUGCUCCAACAAUUUUAAAAUAUGGAUAGGAGAGAAGUAUUAAUCGAUAUUGAAAUAAGGAUUAAAUCAAAUAACAAAGAGAUCUUGAUUAGAAUUUCUUGACCCAACAAUCUCAUGAGUAACAGCUAUUUGAAAAAUCUCCAUUUGAAUACAAAAACUAUCAUAAGAGAUAGAAUUAGUAGAGAUGGCAAAACAAAUAGGCAGAUCAAAUGAUGUACAUGCGAGGUAUUUUAAAUAUGAAAUUGAAUUUUAGCUUAUUAUUCUGCUAAUUAAUAGUAUGGAGGUUCAUAGUAUUAAGGUCAAAAUCAAUAAAUGUACAAUUAAUAUAGGUAUUAAAUAUUUUAAUAUUAAAGAAAUGAUAAUAAACAAUAAUAUAAUAAUAAUUAUGAUUAUCAAUUCUAUUAUCCAUAAUAAUAAUACUAAUAAAAUAAUGGCUAAUUUAAAUAUGGAUAUGAUUAAUAGUAGUAUAACUAAAAUCCUAAUUAUUAAAGAUAACCAUAAAAGUAUCAAAAGAAAUAUUAUAAUAAUUACCAAUAAAAUAAUUUCUAAUAAGGCAAUUAUCAAUAAAAUAAUUAUCAAUAAAAUAAUUAUUAGUAAAAUACUAAUUAUUCUGGCAAUCACCAAAAAUAUUAAAAAUAAAAUGAUGAAUAGUCUGUAAAUAACUAAGACUAAUAGUUUUGA